CCCGGUGCACGCGAACGCUUAACCCAGAAACCGGAAGUCUAAAGCUAUGCGGAAAAACAGCUUACGCCACAGCAGUGUAGUGUCUGGAUAACUGUUUACAACAACAAAAGGACAUUGUCGAGUUGAGAAGUUCGACAUGGGGACGACGGCAAGUCAACUUGGGAAGGAACAACUGUCAGAGUACCAAGAGCUCACCUUCCUGACAAAACAAGAAAUCCUUCUUGCUGUGAAGAGAUUCUCUGAACUGUUUGGUAGAGAUGAGCAAGAUCUUACAACGACCAGAGUACCAAUGGAGAGGAUUCUUACUCUGCCCGAGCUCAAGUCCAACCCAUUCAGGAAAAGAAUCUGCCAUGUAUUCUCGACAUCUCCGCAGAAAGAUGGAAGCCUCACGUUUGAGGACUUCCUGGAUCUUUUGAGUGCCUUCAGUGACUCCGCUACUUUGGAAAUCAAAUCCCACUACGCAUUCCGCAUAUUUGACUUCGAUGAUGAUGGGACCCUCGACGCUAGCGAUCUUGAGAAACUGGUUAAUUGCUUGACCGGCGAGACGGAUGAAACAAGACUCUCCAGUGACGAAAUGACGCAGCUUAUCAACAAUAUUCUUGAGGAGUCAGACAUCGACAAGGAUGGAACUGUGAACCUUUCAGAGUUUCAACACGUCAUUUCAAGAUCACCAGAUUUUGUCAGUUCCUUCAAGAUUGUGCUGUGAAGAUUUCCGGUGGACUGUGGAGAUCCAUCACCCUUUAAUCCUCGUAUGAACAUCUCUAAUUUCAAGACAGAACAAUUUUUUCUAUACUUGCCUUAAAUUAUAUUUACGUGGUAAUUUAACUGCCUUGACUGCCUUAUGUGUCAUUUCAAAGCUUUUUAACACUUGUGAAAAAAAAUUAAAAAGUUUUUAACCUUGA